GUCAAUGUCUUUGGCAAGCAGGUCACCCGGGACACCUUGAAGUCCAAUAGAUAUUUGAUCGAGCUGGCCAUCAAGUACUUGGGUACCAGGGACCAGGAUGUUCGGGCUCUUUGUGCGGCUGCUGGUGUUACAUGGCCAGAACCGGAACACAAACAAAGUUUUGACCAGUCAGAAGAAUCUACCUUUGAGGAUGAAGAAUCGGAAAGUGAGUUUGAAAGUGAUGCUUAUGAUGAGGAAGUGGAUGUAGGAGGCCAGCUACUGGUCAAGGGUGGAUUGGAAAGCCAUCACGCCCCUGCACUGGUGACUGGGUGCCCCGUCACAGUGGACAAGUGCAAGGUUCCUUCAGCUGGCUCGGCCUUGGAGGAUGAGCUAGUCACCCCGCCGCCCAAAGGAAUCAAGCCUGCAGAAACCACGCCAAUGAAUCCGGAUGGACAUCGAAGUGAGAAACAGAAAUGGGAACAGAUCCAGCAGCUUACGGAAUUGCAGUGCCAGUUGGUUCAGCUCAAGAAGCUCCAGGAGCUUCAUCGGCUGAAAUCCCAACCGCCUGCUUUUAAGGAGGUUCCCUUUUCGGGUCUUCACCCAGACAACGUGGACACUUUGCCCUUGGAGUCUGAACUUCCUACUCCAUAUGAUAUGGAAUUGGAGAAUGUCAAGGUUCCCGAAGUUGAAGCUGAAGAGCCCAGAGUCCCAAACAAGGAGGGAAAAUGCGCAGGGAAGUUGGAAAAAGAGCAGGAGGAUGCAGAAAGACUGGAAGGGUUGAAGCGAAAGGAUGCUGAUCAGAUUGAAGUUGAAGAGCUGUUGAGGAAGAAGCAUCUCGCAGAAAGAACACUUGAGGAGUUGAGACGCCAAAAGGAGGCUGCAGAGAGAAUGCAAGAGAGCAAAAAAAAGGAGGCAGCAGAACAAGAGCAGAUGACGAAGAAGCAGAAGGCUGCGGAAAGACCAGAUGAGGUGAACAAGGAGCCUGCAGACAAGGCUGUGCAAAGGGAACCUGCCAAGAAAUUGGAGGAGAUCAGGCAAAAGGAAGAAAAGGAUCGAUGGGAUGAAUGGAUGAAAAAGGAGGCGACAGAGAAACAAGCAGAAAGGUGUAAGAGGCAGGAAUUGGAAAGAACCUUUGAAGAGUUGGUGAAACAGAAAAAUUUGCUUGAAGAAUUGCAGAGAAGGAAGAAAGCCGCAGAGAUGCAGAUGUGGCAGAAGGAGGCUGCAGAACGAGAGGAGAUGAUGAAGCAGAAGGAGGCAGCAGAGCGAGAGGAGAUGAUGCAGAAGGAGGCUGCAGAACGAGAGGAGAUGAUGAGGCAGAAGGAGGCAGCAGAACGAGAGGAGAAGAUAAGGCAGAAGGAGGCAGCAGAACGAGAGGAGAUGAUGAGGCAGAUGGAGGCUGCAGAACGAGAGGAGAUGAUGAGGCAGAAGGAGGCUGCAGAACGAGAGGAGAUGAUGUGGCAGAAGGAGGCUGCAGAACGAAAGGAGAUGAUGAGGCAGAAGGAGGCAGCAGAACGAGAGGAGAAGAUGAGGCAGAAGGAGGCAGCAGAACGAGAGGAAAUGAUGAAGCAGAAGGAGGCAGCAGAACAAGAGGAGAUGAUGCAGAAGGAGGCUGCAGAACGAGAGAAGAUUAGGCAGAAGGAGGCUGCAGAAAGAGAGGAGAUGAUGAGGCAGAACGAGGCAGCAGAACGAGAGGAGAUGAGGCAGAAUAAGGCUGCAGAACGAAAGGAGAAGAUCAAGCACAAGCAUGCUGCAAAACGAGAGGAAAAGAAGAUGCAGAAGGCUGCAGAACGAGCUGCAGAAGGAGAGGAGAUGAUGAGGCAGAAGAAGCAGCAGCAGGCAGUAGAAGAGAAAGAUGGGAAGAUGAGACGGGAACAUGACGGAAAAAGAAAGAUGAUGGCAGAAAGUGAGGAGGAUGAGGAUUCAAUGAAGAAAGAUGAAAAGACAGAGGGGGGAAUGAUCAUGGUGAGGCCACCUUGUUGGGAAGAGGAGCCCAGGUUUGUCAAUCCCAAUGUCCAAGCUCCCAGGAAGCCAAAAGGGGCAAAAAAGAAGGAGAAACGCGAAGCAGAAAGAGAAGAGCAGGAGGAACAGGAGGCUGAAGAGGAUGAUACAAUUCCUACAGUGAGUGCCAAGAAGAAGGUAAGGAAAGCCAGAGGAGCAAAGGCAGCAAAUGAUGAUGAUGAUGAUGAUGAUGAAGGAGUUUCUCGGAAGAGAAAGACUUCGGCUUCAAAGGCCCGUGCAGUUGCAACUUCCAGUGCCUCUUCGGCAAAGAUGGUUCUCCCUGGGCCAUCCCUUCCGCUAGAUUCCCACCCUGAUCGGGUCAGGGAGUUCAUGGACAAAUGGGGCAUGCGUGACAGCAAGGCAAAUGGCGAAGAUGGCGAAGUUGAGACUUCGCACCCACCUCAGGAUGACAUGUCACCUGCAGAAGCAGCAGAACUCCGAGCACCGCGCUCCAAAAGGAAGAAAGCCCAAACAGAUGAAGAGAAGGAGGAAGCCAGAAAGUUGAGGAGCCGAAAGUGCUGUGCUUACUCAAAGGUUCGCAAUAAAGCCAUGAAAGAAGGAAAGACGGAUGAAGAAGCCAAAGCUUUGGCUUCUGAGGCCUACAAAAACACAACGUGAAGAGCCUGGUGAUCUUUUGGGGUUGCUGCUGGUGAAUACUCCAGCAGCUGCACUAACUGCUCCGAAGAAGGGCAGUUGUUGCCGUAUAAUUUUACUUAAUAGGGUCAUAACAAGAUCUUUUGCAUCUGAGAUCUUGCUGGGAGCUACCUGUGUCGAU